ACUCCUGACAUCACCAUUCCAGAAGCUUCAGAAGACUGCGUAUAUAAGGGGCUGGCUGUAGCUGCAGCUGAAGGAGCUGACCAGCCAGCUGACCCCCUCCGCUCACCUAGCCACCAUGGACAUCGCCAUCCACCACCCCUGGAUCCGCCGCCCCUUCUUUCCCUUCCACUCUCCCAGCCGUCUCUUUGACCAGUUCUUUGGAGAGCACCUGUUGGAGUCUGAUCUCUUCCCAGCUUCUACUUCCCUGAGCCCCUUCUACCUUCGGCCACCCUCCUUCCUGCGGGCACCCAGCUGGAUUGACACCGGGCUCUCAGAGAUGCGCCUGGAGAAGGACAGAUUCUCUGUCAACCUGGAUGUGAAGCACUUCUCCCCAGAGGAACUCAAGGUCAAGGUGUUGGGAGACGUGAUUGAGGUGCACGGCAAACAUGAAGAGCGUCAGGAUGAACAUGGUUUCAUCUCCCGGGAGUUCCACAGGAAAUACCGGAUCCCAGCUGAUGUGGACCCUCUUGCCAUUACUUCAUCCCUGUCGACUGACGGGGUCCUCACUGUGAAUGGACCAAGGAAGCAGGCCUCUGGCCCUGAGCGCACCAUUCCCAUCACCCGUGAAGAGAAGCCUGCUGUCACUGCAGCCCCCAAGAAGUAGACGCCCUUUCUCUAACUGCAUUUUUUAAAAGACGAAAAUUUCCCCACCGGUGAAUGAAAAUCUUGUGAUUAGUGCUGAAGCUUAUUAAUGCUAAGGGCAGGCCCAAAUUAUUAAGCUAAUAAAAUACCAUUCAGCAACA